GCAUGUUACAGCCAUGCAAGGUACCCCUGGUCAGAAGUGCCAGCUUCGGUCGAGGGCUCGGGGGGGAAUGGGCCUUACGUGACGAUGACAGAGCAGCAAACAAUCAGGGUCUCGUGCCUGGUCGUCCAAGAACACUCGAUUCCACGCCCGGUUAGGAACCGGGUUGCUUGCCUCCUCGGUACCAAAACUGAAGUUCGGACGAAUUGGUUUCCUGUUUCCACGACGGGCAACUCCAGCGUCUCCCGGCAUGCCAAGUGUCCGUAUGCGACACGAAACAAAUCCCACCCCCUCUUUCACAUGCCACAAAGUCUGCUGAUUGCUUCCUCCUGUGUUCAUACACAGAAGGUCGAUGUCGCCUCAUCUACGCCAGGUUGCGCCGCCAGUUCAUGCGUGCCGUUGACCAAGAACUUUCACAUCAUUCGGUCUCUUCUGCGGCCACCGGCGGCCAACAACGCAACCGCAACCAGAAGGUCACAGCAGAGCGGACGUGAUGGCAUCCUCCAUCCUGCGCAGCGAUCCAGCGGCGCACGUCCGCGUGCUGUCCAUCAACCGGCCAACCAAGCGGAAUGCGCUGUCGCAAGAAGUCAUUGACCGCUUCCUCGAGGAGCUGCACGCCGCAUCCCAUGACGACAGUGUCAGGGUGAUUGUCGUGACCGGCACCGACGUGCUGUUCUGUGCUGGCGCAGAUCUCAAGGAAAUCGCCACUCUCAACACGGAGACGGCAACCCAGUGCCGGUAUCUGGAGGACUUGUGCGAUGGCAUGGCCAACACGAAAAAGCCGCUGCUCGCGGCGGUCGAGGGUAUUGCUUUCGGCGGCGGCUUCGAACUUGCGCUGAUGUGCGACCUCAUAUUCGCGUCGACGUCGGCCAAGUUCGGCUUGCCUGAGGUCAAGAUUGGCUUGAUACCAGGCGCCGGGGGGACUCAACGCCUAACGAGUGCCGUGGGAAAAUACAGAGCAAUGAAGAUUAUCUUGUCUGGCCAGCCCAUCUCCUCCGAGGAGGCUUUGUCGAUGGGCUUGGUUGCGGAGCUCUCCCAGCCCGGAGCCGUGCUUGACGAUGCAGUCAAGAUGGCCAGUGUCCUCGCCCAGCAAAGCAGCUCUUCGCUCUGCCUAGCAAAAGAGGCAAUUUGCCGCGCGGACUCUCUGGGACGAGACGAAGAGUUUGAGCGGAAGCUUUACUACUCUGCCUUCAGUAGCAGAGACAAAGUGGAAGGAGUCUCGGCCUUUCUCGAGAAGAGACCGCCGCGCUGGUAAUGUAUUGCAAAGCUAUUAACUUGUGUAGGUCACUUCAAUACAACGGGGCCUUGUGGCUCUUCUGCUAGUCCUGC